GCAGAUUCUUACCAUCUGAGCCUAGUAAGGAUUCCCACACUGUGGCCUCAGGCAAGUCGCUUCCCUUCCUUGAGCCUCAGAUCCUCACCUGUAAAAUGAGAUUACCCCUGUGGUGUCUCAGUGAAGGCUGAAUGUCAGUGCACUUAAAAGUGCUGAAUCCUCUCAGGCAAGGAGGAGAUUACUGAGACAUGAAGUGAUCAUGACAGGACUGUGUGCAAAUCAAAUGGCAUGAAGUGAAGGUCAGGGUGCAUCUAGGCCUGAAUUCAAAGAUGGGGAAGUUCAGCACAAGCUAGAGACUUCACAGCUUCCUGUAAGAGGUGAGAUGGGAGCCUAGCUUCAAGGGGCAGAGCAGAGGAAUAGAUUGGUAGAAGGGAAGAGAGAGGCAGGGAAGGCCAGAGGGAACACAGCCAUGUAGCUGUGGGAGAGAGGCUGGGGAGAAGUGAGCCUGAAAAGUUUGGUGGGGGAAGCUUGUCUUGUUAAGCACAGCCCUGAAAGCUAGGCAUUAGGGAGCCAUUGCAGGUUCUACCCCUAUCCAGGCAAGCAGGGGUUGGUCUGUGUAGGCACUUUGAGUGUAGGACAGAUUUUCUGAUUGCUUUUAUGGAGUGAGAAAAAUAAAAGGUUGGAAGGGAUUUAGGGGGAGGGAGAGUUGCUGUUAAGGGGAUGGUUAGAGAAAGGCAGCCCCAUUUAUUCUCAUGUACCCAUAGUUUAAUUGUGAUGGAGAGAGUUUGGCAUUCCAGGUAAUAUCUGUAGCAUGCCUCCUGAAUUUGAUCUCUCGUCCCUACAGGUCUGCAAAUAGCACCUGGAUACCAUUUUCAGUUUUUGUGUUAUUGGCUGCACAUCCACAGUAUGGUGUCAGAUUGUUGCUGCUCUAAACAUUACUUGGAUAGGCAUGUCUGUUCCCCAGACUUCCUUCAGGGUUGUUUCUAUUGGAUGCCUCUAAAGGAACACAAGUUUUAAUGACUGGAAAUCCUUAAGACACACUGUUUUGCAGUAAUUUUCUCUAGAAUUUUCAGUAGGUUAUACAGGAUAGUUGUUUUUUUUUUUUUUUUUAAACAGCAAAUAUACAAAAGCAUAUCGAAUUAAAAAUUUUCCCUCCUGGCCCAGUGCUCUCCUUCAGGUCUCCAUGAGGGCAGUUAUUCAGUCUCCUGUAUACCCUUCCAAAAAUAUUCUAUUCUGAUACCGAAUAUAUCCUAUUUUAAAAAAAUUGAUACUGCUACCCUCAGUUCAGUAUCUUUCAGUUUUGAAAUCUGGGGUUAUGAAAUAUACCAAAGCAGCAGAGAAAAUCACACACAGGCACACGCCCAGCAGCCCCACUACACAGGCUUAGCAGAUGUUUUAACAUUCGUGCUGGUAUCUCGUGUAGGGCUGAUUCGGAGGUAGCCCUGUGUCAGUGAAGCUCCAUCUAGAGGAGUCUAGUUAUGGAUUAUGUGUGUAGUUUAUAUUAGGCCUGUCCCCAGCUCUUGAAUAUUUUAAAUAUUAUUGAUUUCUCUUUUUUUUUCCCCCCAUCGAUAUGGAGGUAAUACCCCAUUUUGUAUAAUGUCCCCAGGCAGACAUGGAGGCAGAGGGGAACGAAGCUAGGCUUUGUCUUGGAUUCAAGCUUCACCUCAGCAGUGUGACCUUGGGUUAAUGACACCCCUCUUGAUGUUCUUUACCUUUGUAAAAUGGGCAGGUUGUAAUAAUCCGUCUCAUAGGAAUAUUGUAGAAAACUAAAGACUUCAUUGGGUUUAGUUACACUAUCCACCUAGGCAAGGAGCUCUCCUACGCCUCGCCUAGAGCAAUUAGAGCGCAGGUGGCCUGGAGAAUAUCAUGGACCGAGGAGACUAAUGGGCUACAGUCUAGCGGCUUGCAAAGAAUCGGACAGGACUGAUGGAUUAACACUUCCUUUUCACGCCUCCUACUCUAGCUUCAAACUGUUCCCCGCCCCUUUCCCUGGCCACGCUAGGGGCGGGCCGGUUAAAUGUGUUUGUGACGUCAGCGCGCGCCGGGCCAAUCCCCCUUCCCUGUAAGCGUUAUUAGCUUAUUUGCAUGAAUUGCCCUUUAUUGGUUCGUUGAGCAAGCCAGGCCCGCCCAACUAUUUAAAGUCACCGCGCUAUAUAAACAAGAAGAUGCGGAGAGGCCAGGCCAUGAUGUCAUCGCGGCGCUGUAGCUCUCAGAGCUGACGUCAUCUCCGGGGAGGUUGCCCGGCCAGGGCUGUUAGAGCCUUCCUAACCACUCAGGCUGGCUUAAGGGACGCUCUUGCCCCGUCGAAGGUCUGGUUCAUUGCACUUCAGUGUCCCAGGCGCCGCCCGCGGCCGAGGAGGGAACCAUGACACAGUAAGUCCGGGCUGCGGCUCUACCGGCGGGACCCGUUUCUCGGGCAGGGAGACAGAACCUCAGAAGCAUGAGUGAUUCGCGAGUUUGCAUAGCAAGUUAGAGUUGCAGCCAAUUUGUCUUACCCCGUAGAAGGUCUUCCAUCUUUAGGUCAGGCCAUGUGGCCCCGCCCCUUGCUUGUGAUGGCUGCGGUCACUUUAAGUGAGGAGGUGGGGACGAGAAGGAGGUUUUUAAAAAAAAAAAAUCUGCCCUCAAGAUGGCGACCCACUAAUCACGUGCCGAGUCCCGGCGGGUGAUUGGCUCUUGGCACCCCCGGGGGGAGGAGCUCUUGGCAAGGGGCGGGGCCCUUGCGGGCAGCUGCCGGCUACUGUUUGCCGGAACCUCCCGGCGCGGCCCCGCGAGUCCCCCUCCCGCCCGGCGCGCGACCCCGCCGCUUCGAAUGUUGUGAAUCAAAUGUGGGGUUUGUUACAUUCCGCUGCCGCCGCGGACAGUUCUUAAAGGGCCAGCCGCAGGCAGCUGCGCAAACCCGGCCGCGUCCUGCACUGCCUCCUGCUUCCCAAGGGCCUGAGGUGGCCACGCGUGAGCCUCGCGAGGCAGACGGUCGGCGGACGGACAACAAAGAGAGGGCCCCGGAAGGACCCGGACAGCCCCCGGACUAGGGGGUGGGGAAAGGAGCACAUUGUUCCGCAGGGCGGGGGCUCUUAAAGGGUCCAGGCAGCAUACUCCCACCCCCACCUCCGCCCCCUGCCCAGCUUGGCCGUUCUAGAUCGGGAACAAAGGAGUCACGGUGUGGCCGAAGGGUCGUGUGCCCUGGCCCAGCCCCUCCAGCCCUCUGCCACCCCUGAUGCAACCAUGGGCUCUGGCAGUGACUAGGUGGGCACCCUCUGCCCCUGGGGGUCAGCGGCGAUUCCCUGCAGGACCCAGCAGCAGCCCAGGCCAGCUCUGGGGAAGCCCCAGCCGCGAGGGCCCCCUGGCCAGCCCGCCUUCCCAGGAUGAGCGCUUCCCCUCCCAGCAGCUGCCGCCCCGACCAGCACACCUCCCCGUAGAGGAGCGCCGAGCCUCGGCUCCUGCCGGCGGGAGCCCCCGAAUGCUGCACCCAGCCUCCCAGCAGAGCCCGUUCAUGGUUGAUCUCCACGAGCAGGUGCACCAGGGACCUGUCCCUCUGUCCUACACAGUCACUACGGUGACCACCCAAGGCUUCCCCUUGCCUACAGGCCAGCACAUCCCUGGCUGCAGCACUCAGCAGCUCCCAGCAUGCUCCGUGAUGUUCAGUGGGCAGCACUACCCGCUCUGCUGCCUCCCGCCCCCGCAGCUGAUCCAGGCAUGUACCAUGCAGCAGCUCCCUGUGCCGUAUCAGGCCUACCCCCACCUCAUCUCCAGUGACCACUACAUCCUGCACCCCCCGCCGCCAGCCCCACACCCCCAGCCCGCUCACAUGGCGCCUCUUGGGCAGUUUGUGUCCCUGCAGACACAGCACCCACGCAUGCCCCUGCAGCGCCUCGACAAUGACGUGGAUCUCCGGGGGGAUCAGCACCCCCUGGGGAGCUUCACCUACUCCACCUCGGCCCCAGGCCCGACCCUGUCGGCGUCCGUGCCCAUGCACUACCUGCCGCACGACACCCUGCACCAGGAGCUGUCCUUCGGUGUGCCAUAUUCCCACGUGAUGCCUCGGAGACUGAGCACCCAGAGAUUCCGCCUGCAGCAGCCGCUCCCCCCACCGCCCCCGCCGCCGCCCCCACCACCAUAUUACCCCAGCUUCCUGCCCUACUUCCUCUCGAUGCUGCCGAUGUCACCAACAGCAAUGGGGCCCACCAUCAGCCUGGAUCUUGAUGUGGAUGAUGUGGAGAUGGAGAACUAUGAGGCUCUCCUGAAUCUGGCCGAGCGGCUGGGAGACGCCAAACCCCGUGGCCUCACCAAAGCGGACAUCGAGCAGCUUCCAUCGUACCGCUUUCACCCGGACAGUCACCAGUCAGAGCAGACACUGUGUGUUGUCUGCUUCAGUGAUUUCGAGGCGCGGCAGCUGCUCCGGGUCCUCCCCUGCAACCACGAGUUCCACACCAAGUGUGUCGACAAGUGGUUGAAGGCCAACCGGACGUGUCCCAUUUGCCGGGCCGACGCUUCCGAGGUGCCCAGGGAGGCUGAAUGAGGCCCCACAGCCACCCCGGAGAACCCUGCCCAAAGUUCUGGAAACUUGGGGGCCCCAGGGAGGGCGUGGUCCCGGCCUGCCCUGCCGUUUCUGCCUGCCUCUCCAGAGCUGGUGUCAGGGUCAGCCCGA